ACGGUGUCUGCGACGGGCCUUCAGGCCUCAGGCCUCAGUAUCCGCCGGAGAGUUGUUGGAGUUACGCGUUGCUUCUCCAUGUUAUUUGCGCGACAUCGCGACCAGUGUAACAUCUGACAGAGAAUAAAAGUCUGAGUGAGCGCGAACGGAAGAUUUUCCGUCCAAUUACACCUUCGUGCCACCGCGCCAAAAGCGCGCCAGUAAAAAGCCAGAGAAACGAGAGAGACCGCAGCGUGCGCGGGAAAAAGCACGCGAUUUUAAGAGCGGAAACGCACGGAACAACAAGUUGGAAAGUUGACAGAAAUGGUGACGGUUAAUUGGCUCAGAAGCAGCCUGGUACUGCUGUGUACACUUAUCAUCGUGAUACCAGCAAUAUUAUCGCCAGUCAACCAAUUCGAUAUUUCUGAGUAUGUCUACGGAAUAGAUCAUGAUUUACAAGCGAGAGCACGUUCGGCCAUCGAAGCGGAGAGAUUCACCUAUCGAUUACGCGCAAAUAGAAUACAGCCAGUAAACACGGCCUGUAGAAUUCGAUCAGAAAGGCCAUGCCCGCCAAACAAGUACAGAACACCCUCCGGUGCUUGCAAUAACGUGAGACAUCCUGCUUGGGGUGCCCGAGGUUCUCCGUUCCUCAAAUUACUACCAUCGGCGUAUUCGAAUGGCAUCUCGAGACCACGUCAAUCUGUCGGCAGUCAUAGCCUACCUACAUCGAGCGACAUAAUCUCCAGUGUUUUGACGUCCGUUCCAGAGAUAGGAAGUCACGAAGGUCUGACUAGUCUGUCUGCAGUUUGGUCGGAGCUGGUACUGCAAGAUAUCGCUGCUACAGUGCACUCGGUGGGUCCCGAAGAUGAAUGUUGCACGGGCGAGCGGCGCCAUCCGGAGUGCUACGAGAUGCGCGACGAGAAAUUUGGUUGCAAACGCUAUUGGCGAUCGGUACCGAGUUUGACAGUGUACGAUUGUCAAUUCGAGACGAGAGAGCAGAUGAAUGGCGUUUCGGCGUAUCUGGAUGGUUCUGGCAUCUACGGCGUCAACGAUGACAAAUUGCAUUUGUUGAGAACGUAUGAGAAUGGCAAGGUUGAUUUGAGCGCUUGCGAACUAUGUAAUCAAACCGAUCGAGAUGCGCUUCACUUGCUGCAUCAGAUUCUCCUGCGCGAGCAUAAUCGCGUAGCGGAGAAACUAGCGGAGGUGAACAUGCAUUGGGACGACUCGAAAGUGUUUCUGGAGGCGCGUCGCAUUGUCGUUGCGCAGCUGCAACAUGUCACCUUCAACGAAUACAUACCGGCGAUAUUGAGGGAAGCUGCGCUAAUCGAACCAGAGCUUAGACCGCUCGCGAACGGUUUUUAUGCCGGUUACUCGUCGUCCAACAAGGCAGGCACGUAUCACGCGGUGGCUCUAACAGCUCUGCGUGCUCUCGUGUGGACGCGCGCUGGCAAAAAAGGCAGCAUCGAAGAUCAUAUAACUGCGUCGGCCAAUCGUGUUGGUUUCGCAGCUGCGUCGGAUGCGGCUGUUUGGUCCGUGCAUGCGGCGCGAGAUCACGGAGUACCUGGAUAUGUCAAAUUUCUGAUUGAUUGUUUGGGAGAGAACAUUAAGAUCGAAAAUUUCACAAAUCUGGCGCGAGUAAUGCGAUCCGAGCACGCGCAGCUGCUGAGCCGGAUCUACAUGAAUCUAGAAGACGUGGAUCUUAUUGUGGGUGGAAUCCUGGAAACUCCAGUCACUGGUGCCGCGGUCGGUCCAACGUUUGAAUGUCUUCUUAAGAAGCAGUUCGUGACGAUAAGAAAUUCCGAUCGCUUCUGGUACGAGAACGAUAUUCCGCCGUCAGGAUUGACAGCGACGCAACUAACCGAGAUUAGGAAGGUGUCUCUUGCUGGCAUUCUAUGCGCGAAUACGGAUAUUCGCAGGAUACAGCCAAGAGUGUUUAUCCGGCAAGAUCCAUAUCUGAACAGCAAAAUCAAUUGUGAACAGUACGAAUCGUUGAGUAUCGCGGCGUGGAUGGAGGAGCCAUUGCCACUUCCUGUGAUGCAGCACAACUCGGUAAGCACGAGCACAUACGAGCCGACGCGAUCCGUGCCGGAGAUUAAUCCAGAAGUGCUCGCUGCAGCGGUGAAGAGAGCGGAGGAAAAGUUGAUUAAGCGUAAGCAGCUAGAAUACAAUGCUUGGCUAGAACAGAAAGUCGUUGAUCCGAAAUCGGCUGCCGGAACCGCGGCCAGCUUUUCCAAGGCUAACAAAGACGCUUUGCUACUCGCUAAUUCAUCCAUCAUAUACGAAUUGGCCACGAACGAAAUUCUGAACAGCGUGCACGGUCUUGAACGCAAGAAGCGCCAAGUCUUCGACAAUACGGAGAAUGUCCUGGGAUUUCCCAACGCAAACGAAUUCUCCGAUUUGCUGCAAAACGUCGACAUUUCCGGCUUUCUGAAUCAUCAUCACAAACCUACCAAUCACGAGGAGGUGCAGUGUCCCGUAGACGACUCUCCAUGCGAUCCUACUACGCCUUACCGGACUCUAUCAGGUCAUUGCAACAAUUUGCGUAAUCCCAGUCUCGGUAAAUCGUUGACGACCUUUGCUCGUCUAUUGCCACCCGCUUACGAGGAUGGCGUUUCUAAACCAAGAAGCACUUCCGUUACCGGCGCACUGCUACCGAAUCCCCGAGUAAUCUCCACCGUAAUUCAUCCCGACAUCUCGAAUCUGCACAAUCGCUACACGUUGAUGGUGAUGCAGUUUGCGCAGUUUUUGGAUCAUGAUAUAACGAUGACACCCAUACACAAGGGCUUUCAGGAAUCAAUCCCCAGCUGUCGAUCAUGUGAUUCGCCACGUACCGUUCAUCCCGAAUGCAGUCCGUUUCCAGUACCGCCGGGCGAUCACUUCUACCCCACCGUGAAUGUUUCAUCGGGCGCACGUAUGUGUUUUCCAUCGAUGAGAUCGCUGCCGGGCCAGCAGCAUCUGGGACCGCGCGAACAAGUGAAUCAGAAUACCGGUUUCCUAGACGCGUCGGUGGUUUACGGCGAGAACUCGUGUAUCUGUAAUAUUCUACGUGGUUUCAAUGGCCGUAUGAACAUCACGGCGAAUUCGAGACGCGGUAGGGACCUGCUGCCACAAUCAGCGACGCAUCCGGAAUGCAAAGCCCAAUCGGGAUACUGCUUCAUCGGCGGUGACGGCCGCGCUUCGGAGCAGCCGGCAUUGGCUGUCAUGCACACUAUGUGGGUGCGUGAACACAAUCGCGUGAUGGAGGGCCUGCGGCAGGUGAAUCUUCACUGGGACGGGGAAAAGUUGUUCCAGGAGACGCGACGCAUCAUUAGUGCUAUGCUGCAGCAUAUCACAUACAAUGAGUUUCUGCCGAGGAUUCUCGGCUGGAAUGCCGUUAGCUUGUAUGGUCUCAAGUUGCUGCCUCAGGGUUACUAUAAAGAAUACUCGCCUACUUGCAAUCCCAGUGUGCUCAAUGAAUUCGCCAGCGCGGCCUUCCGGAUCGGCCAUUCGUUGCUACGGCCGCACUUACCGCGUAUGGACCGCAACUAUCAGAACAUUGAUCCGCCCAUUUUAUUGCGCGAUGGAUUUUUCAAUCCAGACAUGCUUUACCAGGAGAAUAUGAUAGACGAGAUGAUAUGCGGCUUAAUGGCCACGCCGAUGGAAACAUUAGAUCAAUUCAUCACCGGCGAGGUGACCAAUCAUCUGUUUGAGCAACAUGGUAUACCGCAUUCCGGCGUGGAUCUGAUAGCCCUGAAUAUUCACCGCGCCCGCGAUCACGGUUUACCGUCGUAUAAUCACUAUAGAGCGCUCUGUAAUCUGAAGAAGGCAACCACGUUUGAGGAUUUGUCCAGGGAAAUGGCGCCGGAAGUGAUAGCUCGUAUGAAACGCAUAUAUGCCUCCGUGGACGACAUUGAUCUGUUCCCAGGUGGUAUGAGUGAGCGACCACUUCAAGGCGGCUUAGUCGGGCCCACCUUCGCAUGCAUUAUCGCCAUUCAGUUCAGACAAUCGAGGAAAUGCGAUCGUUUUUGGUAUGAGACCGAUGAUCCAAAUAUCCGCUUCACUGAGCAUCAGUUGGCAGAAAUCCGCAAAACCACCCUGUCCAAGGUGAUGUGCGAGAACAUGGACCAUCAAAUGGAUAUGCAAAGGGCGGCAUUCGACCUACCCAGUAAUUUUUUGAACCCGCGUGUACCCUGUAGCUCCAUGCCCCAUAUGGAUUUUUCCGCCUGGCGAGAGACCAGACAUGGCUGUCAGAUUGGUGGGAGAAACGUCGCUGUUGGCGAAUCCGGUUUUCCCACACCUUGCACCAGUUGCGUUUGCACUGCCGAAGGCACGCAAUGUGCCUCGCUGAGGGUCACGGAUUGCAACCAACUUUUACGAGAAGCUUCUCGAGAAGCGAUCUUGCGCGACGACGUAUGCACCGCUCAAUGCGGUUUCGUUCUAGCAGCCACGGAGACUACCGCGAGGCUACAACAAUUUACCACGCCCAGUAGUCCUGGUUUUCCCGGUUUUCCGCCGCAUACGAACAACUUGAGAAGUUCGCCGACGCCGGCUUCAUUCAACGGUUUUAAACUGCCCGAUCUUUCGCAGUUUAUUGGUUGAGUCAAAAGAGAUGGGAAGACUUAAAACUCGUCGUAACUCGUUUACUGAUUAUUGUAUUGUACGCAAAAAACACACUGCC